AUGAGAUCCUCUCCCAUAGAUCCCGAAUGGAAAAAAGCUAUUGAUGAAAUUCCUCUUGAAUUGUUCUAUCAAGUGCGAGGACAUGAAGAUGAGAAGAGAGAACAAGAAAUUAAAAAGCAAGUGGAACGUGAGGCACAACUAUUGGCCGAUCAACAAAUUAAGCAUCUUAUCAAUACUCUGGAGGAAAUUAAAGUUGAAGCUGUUCGGAAAUAUUACAAAGAAAAGCCUUUUCUUGAGGAGAAGGCUCGAACCGAAGAAGCCGCUCGCCUCGACAAGGAAUUUCAACAGAGAGAACGUGAACGAGUUUUGAAGGAAUCAGAAGAAUUGGAAAAGAAAAAACAGGAAGAAUUAAAACAGCAAAAAGAAAAGGAACUUUCCGAGUACAAGAACGCUGUGGAUACAGUUCAUUCAUUGAUUGCUGAAUUGACACGAAAUUUGCUUGAUAAUCCACCGAGUACCUUAUUAGACAAUUCAGAAAUUUAUGAUCCCAAGAAUGAUCAUCCAAUUACUGCUCAGAUUAUCCAGCAAUUUGAAUCCAGUGGUAGUCUUGAAAAUUCCAAGCUCAAACAAGAACAAGAAGAUGAGACCUUAAUUAAUACAAGGUUUGUGGAGCAACGCAGAAGAGAAAUGAUGACACUGGAGACUCCCAGACAGCCUCCUUCAAAGAAUGAAACUAUUUCCACACUCUCUGUGAAAAAACUUGGUGAAAUUUUGUACGACAAAGGAUUCAAAGAGCUUGACAAUUAUUUGGAAAGAUCUCUCAAAGAUAAGCAAGAAAUCGAAGCGAGCAUCGACAACGACAUUAGAAAUAAGGAAUUGAAAUUCCUAUUGGAAUUGUUGUACGAUCGCAAUGGUAAGAGACAUUCCAAACUAAACCACAGUAUGAGGGCGCAAUUGACAAACAACUCAGAGCCAUGGAUUGACUUUUUUACAAAAAACUUUGACCUACAAAAACAUGAAGAUGCUCUCCUGAAACAAGCAAGACCUCUACCUCGCAACCCAUUAUUCACUCAAACGGAAGGGGAUUCCACAAAACAAAGGCGGCAGUACCAGCUCAAGCAUCCUCUUUUUGAAAGAGAAGAUUCAAAACUGUAA